UUCUCUCUGUCUAUCUCUGCUGGUGUUCAGUGGCAGCGUAUCUCUUCACUGCAGAGGCAGCUACAUUCUCUCCUUCAGGAUGUCGGGCCUUCUGACCAACUCUGUUCUGCUUUUCCUCUCUCUGACGCUGUUCCAGAUCCUCACACCAGAGGCAAAGCCUCUCUCUGCCAUGCGUGGCGGAGGUCGCAGCUUUGACAGCCAGGCAGGAGGAGUGCGUCUCCGAAGAGACCUGCGGGAUUCAGUCCCCUACGAGGCCCAGAUGAUGGCUUAUCCAGCUGCUGACUUCAAGAGCCGGAGCAAUGAUCUGUACUACCAGCCGGAGGUCCUGAGAGCUCAAGGUCUGGGACAGGCCCUCCAGCGCCUGGUGGAGAACGAUCAGAGGCGGGAACAAGAAGCAGCUUAUCUGGCAUCAAUGCUGCGUCUCCUUAACCAAGCACAGAACAACGGACAGGGCAAGCCAGAGGAAGAUGAGGAGGAUGAGGGGGAUUUCCAGGCACCGUACCCUCCGGACUACGAUGAGACCGAGCAGGCCGUGAGCAUGGCCAAGCCCCAGGGCCUUCUGGAUCCUCAGCUUACUCAGGCUCUACUCAACCGCUACAAGCAGGAGAGACUGAUGCAGGCUGGACUCGCUCCGACAACCAACCGGAUUCCAGAGAGAGAGCAGGACAAAGACCAAGAGAUGCUUAGGUAUCUUGUUGAGAAGAUCCUCUCGGGCUUGGCAUCAGGUGGCAGUCAGGGUGGCCCUUCAAACCAGCGUGCCAAACGGGACCUGAGCGCCGUGGCCAGCGUGGAGCGAUCCGGAGGACCCGUCCUAAAACGCUCCCGCCGCUCCCUAGACUCGGCCCCCGUCCCACAGGUGGAGGCGUCACUGCUGAGGGUGAAAAGACUCGAUGACGACGACGACGAUGAUGACGACAGAACGCCACAUGUCGGCCUGCAGAGAAUGAAGCGCAUAGACACUGACCUGCCGCCCCCCAAAAAAACCAGCCGCAAGCGCAGGGCCCUGACCUUCGACCCCGCCAUGAUCGCACAGCACAUCCUCCAGUACCUGCCAGCCUGAAGAGUGCAUGAGAGUCAGAGGAAAACAAGGGAAAUGUGGGGAGGGGGAAUAGAAGGAAAUCUCGACAGACAGAGCGAGCUUACAGAUACGCCAGCAUUCAUUGUCAUCUGCCUACAUCUAAUCGAAUCAGGCCUGCUUGCCAAGGUACUCUGAUAUGAUGUUACUCUGUUUCGAUGUUAUACUAUAAUAAAUUCCACACACAUAACAGCUUA